AUGGCGUCUCAGAUUUCUUUCAAUGAAUUCACCUUCGAGGGUCAGCAGAGCACCAAAAACCUCGGUUUCGAUUGGGAUGCCCCCUUCCCUCUAGCACUCCAAGCGGUUUCGCCUAAUUCAGCGACGUUACAAGAUUAUAUCGACGCUCUUAAGGAGCUGACUAAGUCUGGGAAGAUCUUUGAUCUCGUGAAGAAGCAUGGAGGUGCUGUUCUCAUCCGUGGCCUGCCAAUCGACAACGCGCAGGACUACAGCGAUGCUGCACAUGCCUUUGGAUUCCGAGCACAUGAGGAGGUAGGAAGACCACCGGCACGGACUGUCCUAGCCAAGAAUGUUAAGACAGCAAAUGAAGGACCUCCUGAACUUCCCAUUUGGCCCCAUAACGAAUACGGCUGGUCAACAAUCAACCCGGCAUGGCUCACCUUCUCUGCCGUUGUGCCCGCUGAAACCGGUGGAGAAACACCGAUUAAUUCGAGCAUCCAGCUCGCCUCAAGAAUAAGAGCCGAGGCCCCCGAGUUCUACGAAAAAGUCCUGAAGAAGGGGAUCCGAUACGUCUACCGCUACGGCAAAGAGGAUGUUGUAUCUACUACUGGAACAAGUGUGUACGGCGCGUAUGGGCAAAAUGUCUUACCAAGCGAUGACGAAAAGACCGCUCGAGCCAAAAUUGAGGAGGAGGUGCGCCGACACAGCAACGUAUUCGAGUGGAACCAAGACGGCAGCUUGACGGUCACCCACACCACACCCUUAAUUCGAAUUCACAAAGAGACAGGUCUAACAACGUGGUUUGGCAAUGUCACCAGCGCGUGGGGGCGCAGUACACAUCACGGAGCAACAGAGCCCCCGUUCAAGGGUGAUGAUGACUCCUAUCACCCACCUCCGCUAUACGGAGACGGGGAGCAGAUUGAGAAGAAAUACCUGGAUCUAGCGCUCCAUAUUGCCGAGUCAUCGCAGGUACUUGUAAAAUGGGAGAAGGGAGAUGUUGUUCUUCUUGAUAACUUUGCCGUUAUGCACUCAAGGUCCCCAUGGAAGGGUGAGAGAAAGGUAUUAGCAGCAUUGUGGGAUGAAGAUGGGAGGGUCGAUGACUUUGCGGAGGGGAAGGAAAUCUUGAAAGAUAUUCCUCGCCGACCGAUUCUGGUCCAAGAUUGA